AUGGCAAACGCAUAUCAGCACUUUCUGGAAUGCCCUCACAUCAGCAUGCCCUUAAGCGAUGAAAUUGACCGUUACCAUAAACCGAUCACAACUUUUACAGCACUAUUGCUUGCAGCUCAAUCAGCCGAAAUCGAUUCCCCUGCUCUGGACAACACCUGUGGUCCAACCCUGACACCAAAUUCGUUGGUGACCAAGCGCCGGCUUCGAAACCGUGUAUCCUGUCGCAAGACACGUCUCAAGCGUAAACUUCACCAGCAUGCCCUUGAGGUUUUAGCCAGCGAACGUCUCAAUCGUCAUGAAUAUCUGACACAACUGUGCCUAAAGCUUGGCUCUCAUCAUCACGGAGACGAUAAACUCUUCCGUGAAUUUGCCACGAAAAGCCUGCACUACGCGUUGGUUGACUCAGAACAUAGCGGGUGGUUUGACGCUGGCAAUAAUCAAGUGACACCACCUUUUAGACCGAAAAAUAAGCGUGACGCCGAAGAAUUUGAACAUCCAACGAGAAAUCUCAAACGCAUACGGCAUACCAAUGACCGUGAUGUCUCUGAUGCACUAAGAAUUGAUUCCCGAGCUUCACAAACCUCACUGUUUGAGCAAUGGCGACUGAUUGUCGACGGACUGCAGAAUAUUGACUUGCAGCUAGACCGGAUGGACGAGAAUGCGAUUGCAGCUAACAUCGUUGACCGACAUUGUUACUGGAAAUUUGUUGGUGUCAGCAUAGCUAAAUUGAAACGAUUUGGUGAAAUUGCUGCUGUUGCGGUCUCCGGCAUCACCCGAGUGAGAUUCCAUGGCCAUCAUGUGCAGCAAGUCAGCAUCAGCACCGUUCGACGCGAAGACAAUGUUUCUUUUGAAUAUAGAACCAGCAGCAACAACGCCAACUAA